CGAGUCACACGAAGAGUAGAAUGUGCACAGAGCUCUCAGGUACCUACCUCGCUUCGACUUGUGGCUGCGAUGGAGAAGGUGAUGAGGUUGGCGUCGCAGCGAGCGGUGACGGUCUUCAGCUUCAGCUCAUGCUGCAUGUGCUACAGCGUGAAGAGUCUGUUCAGUGAGCUCGGGGUCGACGCGGCCAUCCACGAGCUGGACGAGGACCCGAGCGGGGCGGAGAUGGAGAGGGCGCUCGUUGGGCUGCUGGGGCGGAAGCCGCCGGUGCCCGCCAUAUUUAUCGGCGGAAGGCUGGUUGGCUCCACGGACCGGAUCAUGCAACUCCACCUCGGUGGCAAUUUGGUGCCGCUGCUUCGGGAUGCAGGCGCUCUGUGGCUCUGAGUACGCACAAUGCCGAGUUCAUGGCACAAACUAUAUAUAUAU